AUGGGUGUCCUUAUUACAGGGUCAGACGAGGAUAAUUAUCCCCUUACCAGGAAAGUGCAACGGGAUUUAUGGGUUUAUCAGCAUCCAUCAAACUGCAGUGAUCCUGGUGUAAGAUUUCUGGUAGCAGACUGGGAAAGAUCAGCCGUCUAUGGAAUCGGGGCACAGAUUGCUGCAAUGGUUGGGCUUUUUGCUACAGCAAUCAAUGAAAAAAGGGUGCUUGUCACAAACUAUUAUAAUCGAGCGGAUCAUGAUGGUUGUAAAGGUUCAUCUAGAUCAAGUUGGUCUUGUUACUUCUUUCCUGAGACCUCCCAAGAAUGCCGAGGCCGUGCAUUUGAGCUUAUGCGCAGUAAAGAGGCAUUGGAGAAAGGAAUCUUAACAACUAAACGCAAUUAUUCUUCAAAGCAAAUGUGGGCCGCAAGGACUCCAAGGGAAUGGGGUGAACCUUGGAGUUAUUUGCAGCCAACAACAGAAGUAAACGGCAGUCUGAUCACUUAUCAUCGCAAAAUGGAUCGAAGAUGGUGGAGAGCACAGGCGGUACGCUACUUAAUGAGAUAUAAGAGUGAUUACAUGUGUGGUUUGAUGAAUGACGCCCGCCAUGCUGCGUUUGGAAAGGAAGCUGCAAAAAUGGUUCUUGCAAGUCUUCCCAGAGAAUGGCCAAAGGAAGUUAUAAGCAACUCAAGAUCGGAUAUUGAAGAGUUUGUAUGGUCAAGUCACAAACCAUGGAUCCCAAGGCCAUUGUUGAGUAUGCAUGUAAGAAUGGGCGACAAGGCGUGUGAAAUGAAGGUGGUCGAAUUCGAAGAGUAUGCGCGUCUUGCUGAUCAUGUUAGAAAGUACUUUCCGCAUCUCAACAGCAUUUGGCUCUCCACUGAAAUGCAGGAAGUCGUUGAUAAAACAAAACUAUAUCCCUAUUGGAAAUUCUACUACACAAACGUAACGCGUCAAGUGGGAAACAUAGCAAUGGGCAAAUAUGAAGCAAGUCUUGGAAGGGAAACCAGCACAAACUAUCCUUUUGUAAAUUUCUUGAUGGCAACUGAAGCUGACUUCUUUAUUGGAGCUUUGGGUUCGACAUGGUGUUUUUUUAUCGAUGGCAUGAGGAAUACUGGCGGAAAAAUAACGGCCGGAUACUUGAGCGUCAAUAAGGAUCGGCUCUGGUGAGAAAUGAAAAUGAAACAUGUAUCAUCUAAUAUCCGGCGAUGAACUGCAAUUUCUGUUAUAUGAAUAAUGAGAUGGGCUUAUUA